GUGAACCUCCAUCGACACUCAGCAAGAAAAUUGGAAACUAAGAAUUUCCAACUGCGAGAGAGAGAGAGAUCGCUUUCCUAUUCGAUCGAUUUCAGUAGUUAGGCCGGGGGGGGGGAAAAAAUGGCUCCCUUGUGGAAGAAGCAGCAAUCAAGCGGCGGCGGUUUUCUCGAAGACCAGUCGGCCGCCGAUCCAGAGCCAGAGAAAUCGCGGUUGAUCGUCGACGGCGGCUGGUACGCUGCGAAGGAAGACGAAGACGAAGACUCCGGCGGUCUUGGCGCGAUGAUGAAGAAGCUGCUGUCGAUGGUCGGCGUGAGGAGGAAGAGAGGGCUGACGGUGUACAUCGGCAAGGGAUUGCGGAAGCGGAAGAUCCCGUCCAAGUACACGUCCUUCGAGGGGUUCCUGCAGAUACUGCGGGAGAGUACCGACGCCGACACGUUGGAUUGGAAGUGCUGCCAGCCGUUCGAGAUCGAGUCCUGCUCGGCACAGAGGUUCCGCGAUACCCUCAGAGCCGCCGUCGAGGAAGAGGAGAUCCGGCGGCGAUACCGGCUGUAGAAGAGUAAUUAAUUACUAAUUGGUUUGGUUUAGGGUUUUUUUGUAAUCUUUGUCCCACAAUUUUUAAUUCGCGUCUUGUAAAUGCAAUUUGUUUUACGCUUUACAGUUAGUAAAAAAACUUGUGCUUUGGAGGUUAAUUCAUGGUUGUUAUUAGUAAACCUUGAUGGUCCUGAGUCUGAUCAAAUCUUAAAACAAAUUAAAGAGCUUUUAUAUUUUAGUCAAUUUUUUGUGGCUCCAACCGUCGAUUGUUUGCUUUAAUAUUUUUUUUAUACAUUAAUUUAAAUAUCAUAAAAACCUAGAUAUAAUCUUCUAUCUAUAAGAUAUAUAAAGGCAAAACAUGAAUUGAAUUUUCAGUAUUUUGAAUUUGCUGGCCUGUGAGGGUUUUACGGAAGGGUGAUUCAGUCAAUUUACAUGCCAACUUAAUUAAGUUUUGCGUUUUGA